UCUGGAAAGACCGAGCAGUCCAAAGAGACACGGCAGCCUGAACAGACUCGAAAGUCUCAAGGGACCGAUAGCCCGGAAAGACUCAGUAGGGACUGCCAAGUCUCUCCAGACUAUAGGUCUGUUCAGACUGCCGAGUCUUUCCAGUCUAGCGAGUCUGUUCAGACUACUGAAUCUUUCCAGACUCCUGAGUCUCUCCAGACUCCUGAGUCUUUCCAGACUAUGGGUCUUUUCAGACCGCCAAGCCUGUUUAGACUGCCGAGUCUCUCCAGAUCUUUGGGCCUCUUUGGACUGCUGAGUCUGUUGAGACUAUUGAGUCUUCAAAUUGCUCAGCCUCUUCAGACGGCCGAGUUUUCUAGACUAGUAAGUCUAUUUGAACUGCAGUCUCUUCAGACUGAGUCCUGGACUAUCUUUCUUUCUAAAGAGCUCAGACUUGUACCGUUCUUGCCAGGUGGGAAAGUUUAUAAAUUAGCUAAUAUUUUGGCUCCUCUGAAGACUGUCUAUGCAGAAACUUCACCAACAUAA